AUGUGCGACCGAACGAUUUGGAUGCGCGAAACCAAUGGCGAAGAACUUACGGUCGACUGCAGAAGGAGUAGUCCAAGUCGAAUAAGAAACAGGUGUUUUCAGUUCGGAUAUGCUGUUAUAUUUGCUGUUGGACAAGCUAAAACGCUGUCAGGUAAUGAUGCAGUAAAUUACGAAGCAUCGAUUUAUGGCGAUAUUUUGCAAAGCGAUUUCAUCGACGCAUACCGAAAUCUCACUUUAAAGAGCAUUGCCGCGUUUCGAUACGUUGCAGUCACUUGUCCGAAUGCACGAGCAGUCGUCAAGUUGAACGACGUCAUCGGUUGGAAUAUCGAGAACUCAAAGCCUAUAAUCGCUAAUGCUAUAGAGGACGGAAAAAUCCAUUGCAGUCGGUAG